AUGGAGGAAAGGGGUCGGGACUACAACGCGCUCGGCAAGCUGCGUUUGGGACGGAUGCCAAGCCCUUACCCGGCGGGAGGAGGGCAGGGGCGAUCUGGAGGGGGAGGACGAGGCGUCCCUAGGAAAGUCAGCCCAGCAAAACGCGUUAGGAAAAGGCUACCCUGGUGCUGGCGGGCAAGGCCAAAGGCCCUCUGCCCCGGGGGCGGACCUGCUUGGGGGGAUGCCUCGGGACUCGGAUCCAUCAAAUGCUGGGUAAAGGGAGGAGCCGUGGGGCUCCCGUGGCUGCCAGCUGGGCUGGGCUCCCUCCCAGAAUGGCCCUGCGGGACCGGGAGGCGGAGACCGGGGCCGGGCCCCGUGCAGGUCCGUUUGGCCGGACGCGUUGACUUCGGCUCCAGGGGUAACGCGCUAGGUCCAUGGCAACCUCCCGCAAAGCCCUUCCUCGGCUCCCAGUCCUCGGGGAUUCCCACCAAUGGCCCCGCGCGUGUGGCAGGCCCCGCCCCCGGCCCACGUGAUCCAGACCCCGCCCCCGCUGCUGAUUGGGCGCUCCGUGUUGCCUUUCGGCCGGCAGCAUGGGGAGGUCGUCACGUGGGGGCGGCGGCGGCAGCCGCGGCGCCUCGGGGACUAGCGGGCAUGGAGCCGCGGGCUGCAGGGGCCGAGGGCGGCGAGGGGCCGGCAGCCCCGGAGGGAGAGCCGCCGCCGCUGCGAGGCGCGCGGGCGCAGGAAGAGGAAGAGGGGCCGAGGCCAAGGCCGGAGCUGGAGUCGCGGGAGAGGCCUCCCAGGCCGGCGGCGGUCAGCUUGGCCAUGUCUGACCACUUCUAUCAAAAGAAGGAAGGAGAAGAGGAUGAGGUCAUGAGAUGGAGACCAAAACUAGUCUGUGGGGCUCAGGGUAUGUCUACCAGAGGGGAGGAGGACCAUCUUGAAGAGGAUGAUGUGCAGGAUUGCGGGGACUCUGAGGAAGACUUGAACUGGGAGCUGGAAGACGGGAUGGAGAACAUCGUCCCUACAGAACAGAAGGCCGAGUCUCCUAUUAAGGAAGACUGGGACACUGAGCUGAUCGCAGAUCAAGGGAAUCCGUACGGUGCUGAAGACAUCCACCGUGCCAGCAUUCAAGAAUUCUGUUUUUGGGCACCUCGAGCCCAGCAGGGAGACAUGAUCUAUGACCCCAGCUGGCACCACCCUGCCCCCCUGACUCCCCACUAUUCCAAAAUGGUCUUUGAGACGGGGCAGUUUGAUGAUGCUGAAGACUGAUGGGAAACUUUGGGAUGCUUUUUUGCCUUGUGGGCCGGCCUGGAGGGGGUCUCCCCUUGGCCUUCUCCCCAUCCAUCACAUUCCCUCAUUCCCGCUUGUGAGGUGGGUUCUCACAUGGGGAACGGUGUUGGGGUGGAUCCUGGAAGCUGCUGCAUUUUCAUAGACUGUUGUGUUUAAGAAGGGAAAGAAGUUCUUUCUCUCAGUUUUCUUUUGGGUUUUGUUAGCACAAUCUUUCCUGGAACAAGGGCACUGUGGCAUCAGAGGAGGGGGGAGGACCCUGAUUGGGGAUUUUUUUUUCUUAAAUAAAAGUUAAAAAUCAGAGUG